GGGGAGAGAGAGAAAGGGAAAGAGGAACAGAAGAUCCUUUUUCUUCUUGGCUCUGAUCGAUCUUCUCAGUUUCAAAAAGAAAUAUAUAUAAUGGGCGAAAGGAACGCGCCGCUGCCAAAGUUCGGAGAAUGGGACGUCAAGAACCCGGCCGCCGCAACGGAAUUCUCCGUCAUAUUCGACAAGGCACGGAACGCAAAGAGAGAUGGCAUCCGGCCACCGUCUGCCACCCGCCGUGACCAGCUGGACUCCCCUGUAAGGAAGGACUCACGGCCAGGCAACGCCGCCAAGUCGUCCCUUAAUAAAGCCGAUGGCCACCUCGUCCGGCUGGGGAAACCUCUUGCCGGCCGUAAAUGGCUCUGCUGCGUCGGUGGGAGGCACGACGACUAAUACAUCGAGAAGGCCGGCCCGGCCAUUAAUUGUGCUAUAGCAAACCAAAACUCCUCAUUUCUGCUAGACUAACAUUCUAUGAUCCAGGAUUAACUUUGACCUCCUUACUAUUUCUGAG